ACAUAAUAUCCACAGUGCCCGCUUUACUUCGUAAGUAGAGAACUUCGAAAACGCACAUCUAUUUAAACUUUUAUUUAUGAAAUUACAAGUAAACCAUACUCGUUUUUUUAAUAGCAGCGACGUAAAAAGGUCCCAGCAUCGUAUUCAAGUAGCACUUUAUCAGCUUUCCUGAUAUUACCCUCCGUCGAUGUUCAUCAGCCUAGCAUUGACUCAAGUUCUCAUAUAUGUUAGGCCAUCCCAUAAUAUCUGAAUACAGCUGCUAUAGCAGACAGCUCAGCAUCAGCAGCCUAGCGUGGACAAGGAUAACGCAGAGGAGAAAGACGUCUUACUUUUGCCGCCAAUCUGCACAAGUGAAUGCGUGUUUAUAUAUACCAGUAUAUAUGUAGAUUUAUAUAUACACACGAUUGCAAACUAAAUGACUGUUUAAAAAUAGAAGUUACAGAGUGAGACCUUGGAUGUGUUGGAGUAUUUAGGACUAAGAAAAGAAUAACGUCACUUGCGAUCUUAGUACCACAAAAAGGGCUCAACACUUUUAUUUUCGAAGCCGUUCUUUCCCGGAACCGGAAGUGAUGGGGCUGUGUCGUCUGACAUGUUGGAUCGUUGCGUUUGGAGUUGUAGGUCACCUGGCCUUGACACAGACUCCUCCUUGUCAUGGGCACGGUACACUAAACAUGGGUAUGUGUGUCUGCGAUCAAGGGUAUAUAGGUGUCAACUGCUCGUUAAGAGAGAUAGACCAAUGUAAAGCUUCGGGAGCCAACUCUGUCUGCUCGGGACACGGGGAUUGUAUAGAUGGAAUGUGUCUGUGUCAGUCUAGAGGCGAUGACCUGCACAGAUUUUCCGGCACAUUCUGUGAAUGUGAUGAUCACAGCUGUCCAUACUUUGAAGAUGAAGUUUGUGGGGGACACGACAGGGGCUGGUGUGAAUGCGGUACAUGUCGAUGUAACAGUGGAUUUUUGGGCGAGGAUUGCUCCUGUCCUACAGCUAUAGACCGGUGUACAGCGGACGACGGGCGUAUUUGUAGUGGAAACGGAAACUGUCGCUGUAACAGGUGUGUCUGUAUCAACGGGUACAUGGGACCCACGUGUAGUGAGGGUAGGGAGAUCGUACCGAAACAAUCCUCAUCCAAGUCAUUCAUGUCGGAUUUUACCGACGUGUGUAAUUUAUGGAUACCGUGUGUUCUGUGUGUGGGUUUUAAUUCCGGUGAGAAAGAUGUUGAAGAAUGCGAAGAAGAUUGCAGCAUAAAUAGAAUUCACAUGGUAGACGCAUUGCCAGACACACCAGACAACCGUGUUUGUCGACAUAAAGAUACGGAUCAGUGUAUGGUCACAUUCUCACACACCGACCAGUCAUUUUACGCCAUGUCCGUGUAUGUUCAACAAACCAAAAAAUGCCCUCCGCCUACUCUUACCCCGGAGGCUGGAGUGAUGAAAGCUAACCAGUUAUCCGAUGAUACAAACAAUGACGACGAUGACACAAAAGACGGAUCCAGUGGAUCAUCUAAAGUCUAUUACACUUGCAAUCUGCUAUACUUAUUGUGCCUAAUGUUCACGAUAUCUGUUCUGUCAUGAUACAUUUUCAUGAUUUUAUACUCAGAAAAGAUUUCAUUAAAAGGAGUGGAUUGUGUGUAUCUGUUUACACACGAUGCAUUAGAAAUGUUAGUACUGCCAACUAUGAUAUUGUAUGGUGAGACGAACUGGAAACUUCUUUCAGAAUGCUCAUCAUUAUAAAUUAUUUAAAUUUUUGAAAUUGGUUUUGCUAGCUAGAACAGAUGUAAUGUGUGUGUCGUUUUACAAUGAUAUGGUUAAGCUUGCACAGUGUUGGUAAGUCCGAAUUAUUCUGACGUUUUGUCGACUUUUUUCAUAUCGGUCUGUCGUCGAUUAAUGUCAGAACUCCGG